AUGCUUCCUCCAAAGGUCCAAAUGGCCACGUCUACAUUUCACAAAUACUUUACAGAUUGGUGUCAAAGCUUCAUGGAAACUAACAAUGUGGUGGACCUUUUCGCCACCAUGGUCAGUCAAACGAGGAGGGCCUUUGGGAUUGCCAUAAAGGCUGAAGCUCUCUUUAAAAACCUUCAAAGUAAAAAUAGAGAAUUUGUGAAUAGAACUUCUCAGGCCAAGAAGGCAGUCAGCAAGUCUAAAGCUAAGGCUGAAGCAAUAAAAAAAAGAGGAGUCUUCGAAUGCCUACCGAAGCUAGCUGUUGAGGCCUUGGAGAAUGAAUGCUACCUUGAAGCAGCAGGAGAGCUGAACAAUAAGGUUACUGGCUUGACAAAAGAAGUUGAGACGGAAGCUUUAUCGAUCGGUGAAGAUACUGUAAAGCAUUCUAUUGCCAACUUCCACCUAAUGGAGGCGUACCAUAGCUUCGUGAAGUACUGGCGGAGGUAUGCUUAUACUAAGAUGGUGGCGUGGAUUAAAGUCAACUCUCAAGCUUUCAAUACCGCUGAGUUGAGGUUAGAAUUUUUGGAAGAGGGAGAACAAGAGCCUCAAACUCCGGAAGAUGGUAGCCAUGUGAUCGAAAUUGAUGAAGUUGAUGCUAAAGAAGCUUCUAAAGCUAUGGUUCAUAAUGUUAUUGUAUCCUUUGUAGCUCCUCAUCCCCUACCUGCUUAG